UUAUCAUGUUUAUAAUUCUCUAAGAAUACCUUAAGAAUGGCUGGUGGUAAGAAGGAUAAUGCUGAAGCUGGUUCUAUUGGAGAGUUUAAGGGAGAUGAAGAUGCUCGUAGUUUCAUCCUGACUGCAGAUGAUGAAAAUACUGAUUAUAAGAAUCCAGAACCUGCUUCAUCUAAAUAUAUGGUUUGGGUUCUCCCAGCAGUUCUAUUUAUACUUGGAGUUCUUCAUCUAUCUGGAAUCCAGGCGAUAAUAAAUGGAACCUGUAAUGCGGUUUCUCCACCCAAGAGAUAUGAUUUGAUCAGUAUUCCUAUCUGGAUGGUUAUUCAGGGAGUGAUUUAUCUGAUCGGAAUUAUACCUGUAUCUCUCUCCUUGGUGAAGGGAGGUCUAUCAAGUUAUUACAAUACAAACUGUAUCCUGUUCCUUCUCUGUCAAGGAAUGACAUUGAUUGGAACCCUGAUCCUAUCCCGUGAAGAUCCAUGUACUAUUUAUGAGUAUACCAUCGCUGUUCUGGGAUGUGGAUUAAAUUGGAUGUUUGUUCUUCUCUACUCUGCCACAAGUUCUAAGAAUGCACACCUUGAGCUGAUGAGAUCUAUAAACAUUAGUACUCCCAACUAUGUUAAGCUCCUCUUCCCUUCUGGAUACAAACAGUUUGAUAGUCAAACCUUGUAUCAGUUCUCAGUAGAGAAUAGAGUCACUGAUAAGUAUGUUGUGGUUCAACCAGUUGACAAGCUUUAAUAGUUUCCUUGAUUUAAUCUUGGAUGUUUUUCUAGAAAACGUGUGAUAUUUAAAUUUUUGUGUCAUGGUUUUAUAUAUUUUAUUCAAAUAUUGUUAUUGCAAGAAAUAUUUGCAUUCUUUGUUUUGGUGGUUUUAAUACAGAACACUUAUAAAUAGA